UUUAUUUAUUUUCUUUUCCAUUCUAAGUGGCAAAGCAAAAUCCAAUUCGAUUUCUUCAGACUUCAAUUCAGUCUUAGCUGUUGGUGUUAGGUGUAUUAAAUUUCAUCUCCAGCUUGGAUACUAGUCAUCAUGCAAAGCCCAAAACUCCAUUUCCUAUAUAUAUGCAGCAUGAAUGUUGGCUUAAGAAUUAUCAUAAAAUUCGCCGAGAAACAAGAAAACAGUAAAGGAAACAAACAGGAAGAGCAGCAGCAGACCAAAUUACUCGGUGUAAGUUAAAAUGGCAAUGAGAAGAGUGGAUCUCCGGUCUGACACUGUCACUAAACCAACUGAAACCAUGCGGGCUGCAAUGGCAAGUGCUGAAGUUGAUGAUGAUGUAUUGGGUUACGACCCAACAGCCGCUCGCCUUGAAAUGGAGAUGGCAAGGAUCAUGGGCAAGGAAGCAGCACUAUUUGUCCCUUCAGGCACAAUGGCUAACCUGAUUUGCAUACUAACUCACUGUCAAAUUCGGGGAAGUGAAGUCAUUCUGGGUGACUAUUCCCAUAUCCACAUUUAUGAAAAUGGUGGCAUUUCCACAAUUGGAGGCGUUCAUCCAAGGACAGUGAAGAAUAAUGAAGACGGGACAAUGGAUCUUGAUCUAAUUGAGGCAGCAAUAAGAGAUCCUGCAUUUGAGAUCUGUUUUCCAACUACUAGGCUCAUCUGCUUGGAGAAUUCACAUGCACACUCUGGUGGGAGAUGUCUUUCUGUAGAGUACACGGACAAAGUUGGAAAGCUAGCAAAGAAGCAUGGUUUGAAGCUUCACAUUGAUGGGGCACGUAUUUUCAAUGCAUCAGUUGCACUUGGAGUUCCUGUUCACAGGCUUGUGCAGGCAGCUGAUUCAGUAACGGCUUGUUUAUCAAAAGGUCUUGGUGCUCCAGUUGGAACUGUGAUUGCAGGCUCAAGAAGCUUCAUUGCCAAGGCAAAGAUUCUUAGGAAGACUUUAGGCGGUGGAAUGAGACAGGUUGGCAUCCUAUGCGCUGCUGCUAUAGUUGCAUUGGAAGAAAAUGUUAGUAAACUUGAAGGUGAUCAUCAAAAGGCUAAGAUUUUGGCAGAGGGACUGAACAAAAUCGAAGGACUAAAAGUUGAUAUGGCUUCCGUGGAGACCAACAUUGUGUAUUUUGACAUUCUUCAGGGCUCAAAUAUCUCUGAAACUCACUUAUGCAAGGUUCUAGAAGCACAUGGUGUACUAACAUUGCCAGAAGGGCCAUUCAAACUUAGGCUUGUCAUUCACCACCAGAUCUCAGAAAGCGAUGUGCACUACACACUGUCUUGCAUUCAGAAAGCUGUAACUGGGUUUGUUGAUGAAAAUCAUGGCAACUGAGGGAAGUUCCCCUUUUAGAAGAUCAUCGUUCUGGCUUAUUGAUGUUUGAUGUUUAUCAGAAAUUUGAAAUCUUAUAGUAAACUGCAGCUCUAAGAACUUUAAACUUUAUCAAUCCUGUUGCCAAUUCUGUUUGUAUAUGCAGUCCAUUCUUAUUGGCUCGUUUGAUACGGGUGAUCGGAAAUAAACCAAACUAGAAUCUUGUUUAUAUUCGGCUAAGAGUACUGUGAAUCGAGCUAAAAAAAUCAACAGUUUGAAACGAAAAA